AAGUUUGGGUAAAUGUGACCUAUGACCCAAGAUGUCAUCAAAAAUGGCUGACAAGAAAGCGAGGGAAAGCGGGCGUCUUCGAGAUGCAGACAAGAGAAGAGUGAUUGACAACAUCACGCGGCUAAAGCGACAGCGACGACAGAUCGAGAAUUUGGAAAGAGACAACUUCCACGACGACCCACACGCCAACCUUGUUUUAGUGAAUAAAAAACUGCCACAGUUUAGUGACACCAAUGACUCACCUGCUACAAAGAAGAAGAAGAAAACAAGAGGAGAUCAUUUUAAGCAGAGGUUCAGAAAGAACUUCCAGACAUUACUAGAAGAAGAGCAACUCAGCAUAAGAGGGGGACCUAACUACCUCACAGCACAGGUGCCUCCAUCCGAGUAUCCUGAGAGAAAGUUCUGUGCAGUGUGUGGGUUCCCCUCCAACUACACCUGUGUUACCUGUGGUGCCAGGUACUGCUGUGUCAGGUGUUUAGGAACUCAUCAGGAUACCAGAUGCCUGAAGUGGACAGUAUAGUAUCAAGACAACAUGUUUGUGUAAAUAAUAAUGUUACUGGCUGCCCUGAGUGGUCAAGUGAAAGGAAUGAUGCAGCAUCACAUUCUAUACAGGACAAGUCUUGCCAUCAUAAGAAAUGACCAGCACAAUGUUGCAACAUUACAACGAUAGGAAUGUUUGCAUUCCAUAAAAUAUUAGACUUCAUAAAAAAAACCUUCUCAGAGAGGAGGACCAGCAAAUCUUAUGAAAAUUUGUGGUUUAUCCAGUCUUUAGCCAGAUGUUACUACUAGUAUAUACUAAGUUUCAGCAUUUGGAUCAUUUUCGUGUGUCAUAAGAAUACCAACAUGGACACAGAUGCAGCUAUGGACUUCAUAGUUACUAGUAAGAUUUUUUGAUUGUCUAGAUAUUCCUUUGACGCUCUGAAAAAAAUAGAGUACGUGUAGCUCACCGAGAAAAUACCAGAGGAUCUAGGAGUGCAAAAGUAACGGCUAAGAUUUUCAAAAGUUGUGUACGUUUGAGCUAUGUUGCAUUGAAAUGUAAAUCAAGGACACAAACACGGCAGCCAAGAGCACCAAACUGUGUCAAGAACACCUAUCCAAUAAAAGUGCUUAAUGCUCUACACAAUGUA